UUUAAUAACGCUGUCAUCAAUGGGCGCGCGCUGCCCGCUGUGUGCACACGGCUGCACGUGAAUCACCGUGAUGGACAGCAGCUCUGAUGUGGCGAAGAAACUCAUGCGGUUCAAACUUCAGCUGACGGACACAGCGGAGUCUGCCACGGUUGUAAAGAUCUUGCAGAAACUCAAAGAUCUCGAUAUAACAUUAGACCUUCUUGCAGAAACUGGAAUUGGCAAAACUGUAAACUCUCUGCGCAGACAUGUACAGGCUGGGGAAUUGGCCAAGUCGCUAGUCAUGGGUUGGAAAAGAUUGGUCCCUAAGGAAUCUAGAAGCCUCACAGAUGAUGGGAAUGUGUCCGUUAAAGACAAACUGGAACACCAAAACUGUCCAAAUAAUGGAAGUCUUACAAUGGAUGAUUCAAACAAUACUUGCUUAAAAUCUCACAUUAAGAAUUCUUCAGAUGAAGCCCUCAUCAAAACGGGCAGCAGGAAAGCUGAUUCAGGGAAACAUUGUAAAGAAUUGAAAAGAAAAAGGGACCAUCAUGAAAAUCAAGAAAAAUGUCAACAGGAAAACCAGCAUAUCUCUCAGAAUGACGUCUUAAAAAAGAACAUUGAUGUCCAGGAGAAUCCAAUGGACAUUUCAGUUUCCAAGAAAAUUAAAAGGAAAGAGAGGGACGCAAAAAACUCAGAGGACCCUCAUCAACAAUCAAGCUCAAAUGAGAAACAAAAGCAAUCAUCCAAAGAAGGCAAAGAAUCCUUUUCCAUUAAAUCCAGUCACAAACGCUUGGAAACAUUAGCGCUGGCCAGUGUCAAAGAGGACAGAUCUUCUACAAUAUUGAGGAGUUCGGAGGCACAAAACAAAAAAAGGAAAAAAAUGACUAAAGAGAAGCACUGCACUCUAAAAGACAAACAAGAGUCUGAAGAAAAAGGACCUUCAAAAAACAAAAAGGCCAAAAUAAAGCAUAAAAAGGAACAGGCUAAAUCCGAUGAGCGCUCUUUGUCUUUUGAAUCGUACUUGAACUAUGACGGAAAUGUCAAGAAAAAAGAGCGAUCUGGAGGGAAGAAACUGCCUAAAACCCUCAAGACUGUAGUAAAAGAGCGAGAAUCAAAGCGGCCUGAGAUGAAACCUUUAAUUUCCCCUGGAAUGUCACUGCAUUUAACUUCUCCAACACAGGAGUUUAAGGAGUCUGUAUUGGAAGCAUUUAGAAUCCCUUCACCCACUGGUCUGCCAGACUGUGAAAAACCAUAUGGAGUGGAGUACUUUGAGAGGAAAGUUGAGCGGGAGUCAGAGUUCUGUGACUUCUCAGAGGAGUCUGUAGGCUUCACUGGUCAACGACUUAACAAAAAGAUGCAAGUGUACUCUGGUGCCAAGACCGCCUUCCUCCCAACCAUGAUGAGCUUGCAUCAGCAGUGUAUUCGCACACUCCAGAAUAACAUCAACCUGCUCUACGAAACCGGAGGAGUCCCCUUUGAAAUCCUCGAGCCGGUGUUGGAGAGGUGCACACCAGAGCAGCUGCUACGCAUUGAAGAAUGCAACCCAAUCUACAUGGGAGAGACAGACCACUUAUGGGGAAAACAUUGCCAGAGGGACUUCAAACACUCCAAACUUCAAGAGUAUGAAUCAUGGAAAGAGAUGUACGUCAGGCUGUCUGAGGAGAGGGAAAGGAAAUUCAAAAGGCUCACAAAAAGCAUCGUCUCUGCCCAUUCUACCAGACCCAAAGGUCGGCAGGUGAAAAUGGCCUUCAUUCACUCGGUGGCUAAGCCCCCGAGAGAUGUGCGGAUUCAGCAGGAAAUUCAUGGAACAGCGUCUCAGCAGCCUCAGCCCAAGUCCAGCGUCAAGGUUCAAGACAACAGGCCGAGGCUGAGUAAUGAGCCCAGCAGGUCUAGCAGCACCAGUUCAGGGGCGCCUAACGCGCAAGACCCUCGCAAAAAAACAAGAGUUGCUCCAAUGAUGGCAAAGUCCUUGAAGGCAUUCAAGAAACAGCUGGGACGCAGAUAAAUGCUUUGCUAUUAAAAAUGAAUAGAUUUGAAGACGGUUCACAUCGUUCAUUAACUUUGGAAGCCUGUGCUCAUCAUGGAUUACUUAAUGUUGUUUGUCUGAAUAUGCAGGAAUGUAUUUUCUUUAACUGUAAAUUGUCUUCACUAUUAAAGGGACAAUUAAACAAAUAUUCAAGCGAUUUGAUAUUUUGUCUUGUAGCCUGGUUGAGCUACAACAGGUCAGUUGUUUGGAAUGUGGCUCC